AAUACUGAACAGUUUCGUAAGGAAGGAUGUGAAAAUUGUGAAUCGUUUUUACAAUUUAAACGCCACCCUGAAAGAGUACAAGAAUGUACAACUUUGAUGAAACCUGAUGAUUCAUGGGUUUCUCGAUAUAAAAAAAUAGGUAAGCUUCUUUCGGAAUUUUCACAUAAACCUUUUGAUAAAAACCAUAGUAAUAGUGCUGUUGCAACGAGAUCCGAAAAUAUGAUCCCGGAACUAGUGGAGGAUGAAAUGGCUCAACGAAAUAUUCCGUACAUACCUAGAGAUG